AUGUUUCCCCCACCACCUGCAACCCUCGACUGGAAAGACAUUGGCUUUAAAGUCCGUAAUGGUAAGAAACUCCCACUUCCAAACCUCCCAGAAACGAGCCUAACAAAUAGAUCCAAUCUAGUCAAUGGCCAUGUCGAAUGCCACUUCUCCCAGUCCGGCGGAGCUAAAUGGUCUGCCCCACGAUUCAUCGCGUCGCCAUUCCUCAGCGUACACGGAAUGGCCCCAGGCCUCAACUACGGCCAACAAGUCUAUGAAGGAUUGAAAGCCUUCCGACACGAAGGAGAUAACAAGAUCACGAUCUUCCGCCCCAACCGAAACGCAAAGCGCAUGCAACACUCCGCCGAAGUGGUUUCGAUCCCGCCUGUUCCCGAAGAGCUAUUCAUCGAAGCAGUACACCUAGCCGUAGCUGCUAAUGCGGAGUUUGUACCUCCUCACUCCUCCGGCGCAGCAAUGUACAUCCGACCACUACUUUUCGGAUCAUCUGCGCAAUUGGGGCUUAGUCCCCCGGAUGGAUACACAUUGGCAGUGUUUGUCAUGCCGACGGGCGUGUAUCACGGAGCUAGUGCCGUUGAUGCUUUAGUUCUGGAGAACUUUGAUCGAUCCGCUCCGCAUGGAACGGGCGACGCGAAGGUUGGAGGAAAUUACGCACCAGUACUACGACAUAGUGAUCGGGCGCGAAGCGAAGGAUACGGAAUCACGCUGCAUCUGGAUAGUGCGACAAGGAGCGAGAUUGAUGAGUUUUCUACAUCUGCUUUUAUUGGUGUUAAGGGCAGCGGGGACGAUAUUACUAUUGUGCAGCCUGAUAGCACAAAUGCCAUUGACUCGGUGACAGCCGCCUCUGUCGGGGAUAUUGCUCGCAAGUUGGGCUACAAAGUGGAAAGACGCCAGGUUCUUUACGAUGAGCUUGCUGAGUUCGACGAAGUCAUUGCUGCUGGUACGGCUGCCGCGCUGGUUCCCGUGCGCAGCAUUACGAUGAAAUCCCGAGGCGGGAACUUCAAGUAUCGAUCUGGCACUCAGAAUGAGGGAGGCGAGGUCUGUGUGACGCUUUUGAAAAAUCUACGCGGUAUUCAAUCAGGUGGUGUGUCUGAUACAUUUGGUUGGAACUUCGAGGUACAGGCUCCUCCCAAGGGGUGGAUAGAGGAUGCUGGCUCUGAGCAAACAGAAACGAGCGGCGCCAAUGUUCCCUAA